GACAGGUCUCUUUUCUGUAUUAAUUGGAUUCCUGAAAUUCCCCCAGGGUAGCAGUGGCUCUCUGUGGGCACAGGGCUCUUAUGCUUAUGUUCCUGUGCUUCAGUGUACCUUCCAUGCUGACAGCAAAUAGAAGGUGUUCCUGCUCAAGCAAAACCUAACGGAGGGGCUGCAAUAGUUUGUCCAAAACAAAGUGCAAAGGGCAAGGGAGAGUGGACUUUUUCAGACUGACCCUGUUUACUAGUCUCCUGCUUUCCUCCACCUGUGUAGACACAGAUGCUUUAUUGAACACCAGCCUCCUACAGUUAGAAGCUAUUUUGACUCUUAGGAAUGGGGGAACCAGUUGCAAAGUUCUGGCCCCUGCUCUCCCUCCUAUUCCUAGUAGAGGGCUUAAGAUAGGCUCUGAGCGGCACUUCCCACUCUCUCCUUUUUCUAAAGCUUCGAGCCCCAAACCUCGCCCUUUAAAUUCACCAAGGGACCACAUGCAUCACGUAAGGGUGAGGAAAAGGAACCUGGAUGUAGACUUCCUGACUAUCCAAAGGAACCUACUUCUCUUUGCUGUCCUCAAGCGCAGGUGUCCGGAGAAAGGCAGUGAGCUAGGGGCUCUGGAUGCUAGCGUAGACACGGCCCUUAGCUGAGUGGCGCGAGAGGGGAGGAGGUUGGAAGAGCGCGUCUAUGCGUUCCACCUGAACCUGCAAGCUAGUCGCUUGCUGCCCAGGUGCCGAUUCGCGGCUGCAUGCGCCCCACUGCAGCAAAGAGCAGCCGCAGCCUCUGCCUCGGCCACCACCGCUGCUGGGAAAGAGUCCUGGGGCUGCUGACGCGGUUGGGAGGAGCCUCGCCUUUAAUGCACCAGCCGCCUCCAGCCUCCUGCAGCAGCAGCAGCAGCAGCAGCAGCUGCGAGUGCGCGCGUGUGGGUGUGAGGGUGAGUGCGCUGGCGCCAGCCGCAGCGCCCUGCCCAGCUCCCUGCCAGCUUCCCUACCCCCGCCUGCCGAAGCCGCCCUCCCGUGGGACCAGCACCCUCAUUCCGGCCAGGCUCGGACCAUGGUGCAGUCCCACUGGCUCCCCUGCCCCCCUCUCCUGUGAGACUGGCUGCGGGGAGGGAUCAUGGAUACUUGUCUGCCGGCUUCUGGUUCCCACGCAAGUAAGCCUGCUGUCAAUGGAGGAGGACAUUGAUACCCGCAAAAUCAACAACAGUUUCCUGCGCGACCACAGCUAUGCGACCGAAGCUGACAUUAUCUCUACGGUAGAAUUCAACCACACGGGAGAAUUACUAGCGACAGGGGACAAGGGGGGUCGGGUUGUAAUAUUUCAACGAGAGCAGGAGAGUAAAAAUCAGGUUCAUCGUAGGGGUGAAUACAAUGUUUACAGCACAUUCCAGAGCCAUGAACCCGAGUUCGAUUACCUGAAGAGUUUAGAAAUAGAAGAAAAAAUCAAUAAAAUAAGAUGGCUCCCCCAGCAGAAUGCAGCUUACUUUCUUCUGUCUACUAAUGAUAAAACUGUGAAGCUGUGGAAGGUCAGCGAGCGUGACAAGAGGCCAGAAGGCUACAAUCUGAAAGAUGAGGAGGGCCGGCUCCGGGAUCCUGCCACCAUCACAACCCUGCGGGUGCCUGUCCUGAGACCCAUGGACCUGAUGGUGGAGGCCACCCCACGAAGAGUAUUUGCCAACGCACACACAUAUCACAUCAACUCCAUAUCCGUCAACAGCGACUAUGAAACCUACAUGUCCGCUGAUGACCUGAGGAUUAACCUAUGGAACUUUGAAAUAACCAAUCAAAGUUUUAAUAUCGUGGACAUUAAGCCAGCCAACAUGGAGGAGCUCACCGAGGUGAUCACAGCAGCCGAGUUCCACCCCCAUCAUUGCAACACCUUCGUGUAUAGCAGCAGCAAAGGGACAAUCCGGCUGUGUGACAUGCGGGCAUCUGCCCUGUGUGACAGGCACACCAAAUUUUUUGAAGAGCCGGAAGAUCCAAGCAACAGAUCAUUUUUCUCUGAAAUUAUCUCUUCGAUUUCGGAUGUGAAGUUCAGCCACAGUGGGAGGUAUAUCAUGACCAGGGACUAUUUGACCGUUAAAGUCUGGGAUCUCAACAUGGAAAACCGCCCCAUCGAGACUUACCAGGUUCAUGACUACCUCCGCAGCAAGCUGUGUUCCCUCUAUGAAAAUGACUGCAUUUUUGAUAAAUUUGAGUGUGUGUGGAAUGGGUCAGACAGUGUCAUCAUGACGGGCUCCUACAACAACUUCUUCAGGAUGUUCGACAGAAACACCAAGCGUGAUGUGACCCUUGAGGCUUCGAGGGAAAACAGCAAGCCCCGGGCUAUCCUCAAACCCCGAAAAGUGUGUGUGGGGGGCAAGCGGAGAAAAGACGAGAUCAGUGUCGACAGUCUGGACUUUAGCAAAAAGAUCUUGCAUACAGCUUGGCAUCCUUCAGAAAAUAUUAUAGCAGUGGCGGCUACAAAUAACCUAUAUAUAUUCCAGGACAAGGUUAACUAGGUGGACAAGUUAUUACUUAAUAAUCUCACAUACUGAAUACUAGUCAAACAAGUUUUUAAAUGUUUCUUUGGGUCUUCAUUUGAUGCAUUGACUUUAAUUUCUCUAUGCAGGAAAUGAUUGGAAUAGAAUUAAAAGGAGUCCAACAUUCCCAGCUCCCCAGUUCUAAGAAACUUUUGUCAAACCCAAUAGGUUUGGGACACUUCUGUUUAGAAUUGAAAGCUGCCAGCUAACAGUAAUUUUUCCAUAGUUGACUUGAACUUCUGAUGCUUUUAUUGCCCAGUUUUCUCUGGUGGGUCCAGUGUUUUGUUCCUAGGUGUCUGCUGCGAUAAAAUGAGGUUGUCUGUAGUAUUUAAGGAGAAAAGAGAUAAGUUUUUUUUAAUUAAGCAAUUCCAUUUGAUUGAAAAAAAAAUCAACAAAAAAUAAACACCGUUUACUCUUAGACAGAUUCUUCUUGUUUUGUGAAAAACCAGAACUAGUCAGUAUCUCCUGCCCCUCCACCAUUUUUUUCCAGUUUCCAUUUUCCUUUGAACAAUUUCAUUUAAGCCAGAGAUUUAUUGCACGAAGCUGAGAAGAGGAUGCAGAAUGACAAGGAAAGGGCACAUCAACCCUGCUAUGCUCUUUUUUUGUAAGCUCCAUAGAAACAGCCUGAGAAUUUGGCUAGGGAACUUGAAUGCUUCAGGGGACAGAAAGAGAGCACUUUCGACACAGUGCUUCCCAGAGUGAGCUUGGCAGGGCCAGGCGGGGCCAAAUUCCAUCUGCUGCCUUGUUACUCUUGCUUUUUGUGCUCUUAAAUGGCUCCAUAUAAUCCUCUACUUACAUGUUCCUUGGCUUUUUUCUCUUCAACCUUUUCCAGCUUAUUUAUUCCAUUGACUUCUAAAGGCCGAGUCCUGGGUGCUUAUUAUCUUGUGUUCUAAAUGAAGCAGUAAGUUGGAAGCAGUGCCACCACCCCUGAGUGCCUGAGAAAGGCUGGUCUGUUCUUUUUGGGUGUUUCUCCCAAGCAGCGCCCUCCCCUCCUCCUGGUUUUGGUAACCAAAAGUAACAAUCCAUCAACCUCCAUUGUACCUAGAACAAAAAUAGCCAAUAAAAAUGCUGAGUUGUAAAGUCCAAUCAGGCACUUCUAACUCACCCCAAGCUCGCCAUCUGGAAAAACAGACCAUAAGGCUCUCUUCUACAGAAAUGAACUGUGGGGAAAUCAAGCAGCUGUGACAUUAAGUGAAUGAAGUCCACUUGAAGCUGUGGAAGAUGGUUCAUCCUUUUCCCCAGUUGAGGAUCCAGAUUUAUAACUUCUAGAAAGCCAUUUCCAGAAGGUUCUAUGUGGCACACCCCUAGGAAAAGCACUAAAUGCGUGCAAAGGAUUUAUAAACGUAGGAGAGUAGAUGGGGUGGAGUCCAGAAAGCUGGAUCUGGGUUAAUAUCUCUACACCUGUCUUGAUGACUCAUUUCUCCUAACUUCCACUUAGUGCAGGGUAAAUGGUUUGAGAUGAGGGUUUUUCAAUGAAAGGGAAAUUUUCUUUCAGUUUAUAGAUUUAUUAGAAGUCCUGACUUUCAAGUGUAAUUUGCUUUGGAGGAGGAGAAAAUAGUGAAAGAAUCAUAUUAUCUCAAUUCUAAGCUCCUAUCCAUUUACUAAUAGCUUUUUGGCAAGGAAAUAACUGUCACCUUAGGUAAAAACAGUUUUGUUAGAUGCAGCCCAAUUUCGGGAACAUUAAAAUGUGAAAAAGUACAUCUCAGAAUUGAGGGAGCAUGGGAAUAAAGACGAGACUUUCUCAGUAUUUCUCAUUUUUCCUGCAAGGAAAGCCUCUCCUUAGGCAUCUCAAGUAAAGUGGCUAGGGUGGAAACUCUCUGGGCAAGAUUUCUGGCCUGACUGGGACAGCGUUCUUGAAGGAGACAUGAGAGAGUCAGAAACUUCUGCCAGUUAUAGAGAAUGAUGAUAUUGCAGAAGGCCACUGGUUUAUUGGCCUACAUUUACCACCAACUUCCUUUAUGGCCUUUUCUCCACUUCUCCAGACUCAGCUCCUCUGUCUGUACCAGGUCGGGGGUUGGCACCAAUCAUUGUAUCCCAAACUUAAGAAUCAACCCACAUUUGUACUAUUAUUCAUGUAACAUUUUUUUAAGUCACCUUUUCUUAAAAGCAAGACUUAGCUUUCUCCAAAGAAAUGCUAUGCAUGAAAUUUCAA